CUCGCUGUGAAAAAGAAAUCCACAAAACAUAUUCGAACCGUGAAAUCAUAUCAACAAAUUAGCCUUGUCAACCAAACGAAAUCUCGUCAAAAGAAUUCGCAUCUGAGAGUAGAUGUGCACUUGUUUGUAUGUGUUUGUGUUUUGUGUCAGUUUGUAAAAUUCUCCCCAUAUAUGGAUGCUUGGUAAUUACCUGCAAGUGAUGGCAUCCCCUGUCUUUCAUGGCUGACAUAUUUCUUUAUAAAAUAUGCAAAUGAGUCAACACUCUGCCGCCUGGGAAUUCGUUUGGAAGAAAAAACGCCGAUAUAACUGAUUCAGAUAAGGAGAACGAGACAGUCGGUCACAUUGUAAAUUAAAUUCCCAAGCUUAAAGUGUCAACGACGCAUGCUUGCAACAAGUACAAUAGCAACAAUAGCAGCGACAACGAAACUAUUAACAACACUGGCCACCAGUGUGAGCAUUAAGCGGAAAGGCAAGCAAAAAGCGGCAAAAAGUCAAAGUCACGCCCACACUGGCAUUACGAAUAACGAGAAUUGCAAAAAGCAGCUGCGAAGGACGAACAGGACACUGGACGUAGCAAGUGGCAAGUGAGUGCACACACAGGUGUGACCCUGCAACAACAAUAAUAACUACAACCACAACAAUUUAUGUUACGGCAAAAGUUGCGAAAUAAGUGUUUAAAUGCCACACAGUCGUCGGCGUCGUCGUCGUCGUCGUUGUUGUGUUGCCUCCACCGAUCUCUGCUGGUGAACCGCAAGUGUGCAAAGUAGAGAGACGUCAAUAAUUUAAAUGGCCAGGCUGCUGCUGCGCUUGGAGCAGCCAGAACUUGGGGUAAUGCCACCACCCGUGCCGGCCGCAUUCGAAUUCGAAUAUGAUACGCCCAUCAGUGUGAAUCAAUUUUUGGCCAGUGCGACGGGGCAAAGUCAGGAGGAGGAUGCGGAACGAUAUGAGCUGACAGAUCCAGUGGGCAGCACACUGUCACCGCUGCUCUACGAUGUGGGUGAAUGGCUGCUGUUCAACGGCAGCUUGGCGAACAGCGAUGGCAACGGCACCCACAAUGAGAAUUCAACGAAUCUCAUCGAUGAUAUGGGCAAUUGGACGCGCAUCUGUGAGGAUGUUUAUAAUCCGCUGAUAGACGAUAAUCGCAUUGAGUUUUGGGUAUGCGGCGUCAUGCUGAACAUUGUCGGCAUCCUGGGCAUACUGGGCAAUGUGAUAACCAUGAUUAUAUUGUCACGUCCACAAAUGCGCUCGAGUAUUAAUUAUUUGCUCACGGGGCUGGCACGCUGCGACACAAUGUUGAUUAUUAGCUCGAUGCUGCUCUUUGGCAUACCCUCAAUUUAUCCAUACACCGGUCAUUUGUUUGGCUACUUCAACUAUGUGUAUCCGUUCAUAUCGCCAGCGAUAUUUCCCAUCGGCAUGAUUUCACAAACGGCUAGCAUCUAUAUGACCUUCACCGUCACCCUGGAACGAUAUGUGGCCGUCUGCCAUCCGCUGAGAGCGCGUGCCCUAUGCACCUAUGGACGUGCCCGGAUAUAUUUUAUAGUUUGUGUCUGCUUCUCGCUGGCAUAUAACAUGCCCAGAUUCUGGGAGGUGAUGCAGGUGACGUACCAUGUGCCCGAUACGGACAUUGUGCUGCACUGCGUCCAUCCAUCGGCACUGCGACGCAAUCCGACCUACAUCAAUAUCUAUAUACACUGGUGCUAUCUGAUUGUCAACUAUAUCAUACCCUUUCUCACGGUGGCCAUACUCAAUUGCCUGAUCUACAGGCAGGUGAAGCGUGCGAAUCGGGAACGCCAGCGUUUGUCCAGAUCGGAGAGACGCGAGAUUGGACUGGCCACGAUGCUGUUGUGUGUGGUCAUCGUGUUCUUUAUGCUGAACUUUUUGCCACUGGUGCUGAACAUUUCGGAGGCAUUCUAUAGUGUGGUCGAUCACAAGGUGACCAAGGUGUCGAAUCUGCUGAUCACGACCAAUAGCAGCGUCAACUUUCUCAUCUAUAUCAUUUUCGGCGAGAAGUUCAAGCGCAUUUUUUUACUCAUUUUUUUCAAGCGACGCUUGAGUCGUGACCAGCCGGAUCUUAUACACUACGAGAGCUCCAUUUCGAAUGGCGACGGGACCAUGAACCAUCGGUCAUCCGGUCGAUUCUCCCGGCACGGCACUCAGCGCACCGCCAGCACCACCACCACCUACCUGGUUGCCACGGGCGGCGGCAACAACUCACUGAACAGCGUUCGACUCACCCAAGUCUACGGCUCACCGGGACUGGUCACGAUCAAACGCAGUCGCGCCCCCUCACCCGGUCCGGUUGUCUACUAUCCGGGUCCACGAGAAAUGCAGCGGUCCGUGUCCACCAGCAAUUCGACAACGAACAAUAAUACGGCACUGGGCUACGACUGGACGGUGGAUGGCAAGAAACUCGGACAUGCCUCGUCGGGCUUUUGAGGCGACACCAUGUACAUAGUAAUGAAGUAAUGUCAACUAGUCAGAUCCAUAUAUGUAAAUAACUAUAUAUAUAUAUAUGCUUAGAGUGUAUAAAACUGAGCGCGCCAAGCGUCGCGUUACUUUGUGAUAAGCGUUAAGUGUUUCUCUCUUUACCUUUCUCUUUCUCUUUCGCUCUUCUCUCUAAUCCAAGUAAUCCUCCAUCAAAUCUUUUAUUAGUAAACUGAAACUAAACAAUAAAAGUACAGCAAAAGUUUCGUAUCCAAAUAAAACAGUUUUCCUUCUAAAUAAAAGCUCAAUACAAAUUAUUUUUCAGCUCUGUUGAGUUAUUUUUAAAGUCUAUAGUCAAAUUUAUCAAUAUCUAUAUACAUAUAAUCACAUAUGUUUUGCUAGCAGUUUUCUAGAUGAAAGACUGACUUUAGAAGGCACAGAUUGAGCAAAUAGUUGCUAGACUGAGAUGGAUAAAUAUAGCCAAAGUAAGAGGCUUACUACUAUUAUAACUCUUAAUAUAAAAUAUGUGUAUAUCAUCCAUACCCAAUGUGUAACUAUAUUUAUUGCUAAACACUGUAUAAUAUAGCUAUAUUUAGUAUAAAUAGUGAAAGUGUCUAUCUUAAAUCAAGUACGUCCUCGAUAUGUGAUACUAUACGACGUCGUAAUAUCAAAUAUUCUACGCAACAGAUUCGAAUUGAGUUUUAAUUAAAAUCGUUGUAGAAAUUUCCAUUUUAACCUU